AUGCUUAUAGUGCUAAUAUACAUACUCGUGUUCCGUUUAACACACACUCUAACAACCACUCACACUCAAUCAAAACCAACAAUGCUAUCUGCUCUCAGACUCACUUCCAAAAGAUCCUUCUCCGUCGCCGCUGUCAACCCAUACAAGGUCGCCGUCCUCGGUGCCGCAGGAGGUAUAGGUCAACCCUUAUCCCUUCUCUUAAAACUGAAUCAUAAAGUCACUGACUUGAGACUAUACGAUAUCAAGAACGCUAAGGGGGUCGCCACAGACCUAUCACACAUUCCAACCAAUUCAACGGUCAAGGGGUACACCCCGGACCAACCGGAUGCACUACGUGAUGCCCUAAAGGACACCGAUGUCGUGUUGAUUCCAGCGGGCGUACCACGUAAACCAGGUAUGACUAGAGACGAUUUGUUUAAUAUUAAUGCGGGGAUCGUCAGUGGGUUGGCUCAAAAUAUUGGAGAAUUCGCUCCACAGGCUGCCAUCUGUGUCAUUUCCAAUCCAGUGAACUCUACUGUCCCCAUCGUGGCUCAAGAAUUGAAGAAAUUGGGCUGUUAUAACCCUAAGAAAUUGUUUGGGGUCACCACUUUGGAUUCCAUUAGAGCUUCCAGAUUCAUUUCUGAAAUUAAGGAGACUGAUCCAACAAAGGAAGCUGUUAAUGUCAUUGGCGGGCAUUCAGGGAUCACUAUCAUUCCAAUCUUGUCUCAACAGAAGGAGAUGCCCAAGACUAUUACUAAGGAACAAAAGGAUGCUCUAAUUCAUAGAAUUCAAUUCGGUGGUGAUGAAGUCGUUAAGGCCAAGGAUGGUGCAGGUUCUGCCACUUUAUCAAUGGCUUUUGCCGGGGCUAAAUUUGCUGAUGCUGUCAUGAGUGGGUUGAAUAACGAAAAGGAUGUUAUUGUAUCAUCAUUUGUCGAUUCACCAAUCUUUAAAGAUCAAGGCAUCGAUUUCUUCGCCUCUAAGAUCACUUUGGGACCACAAGGUGUACAGAAGAUUCAUGAAUACGGUCAAUUGUCCCCUGAAGAGAAUGAAAUGUUGGAAAAAUGUAAGGAAACUUUGAAGAAGAAUAUUGAAAAGGGUGUCAAUUUCGUUAAAUGA